UAUUUUGGUGUUAUACUGCCAUGCCAAAACGAGAAUGAAGCCUCCAAACACAAACAAACGCUCUUUACAACACCACCAACCCUUCUUUCCCAACUCACCUUGAGGAGGCCACCUUUCCCUUUUGUUUUAUCAACUCUCUCUUCUGGCUUCCUUCUCUUUUUCUCCAAACCAAACUGCUCUGUGGCUCAACAACACCAGGAGGCCUACCACUACUCUCAUCUUUUGCGGCAUUGCAUCGAAUCCUCUGCCUUCCUCACUGGCAAAUCAAUUCAUGCCAAACUCAUCAAAACACCUCUUCACUCUACCCUGUUUCUACGCAAUCACCUCCUCAAUUUCUACCUCAAAUCAGGUGAUCUCCCAACUGCUCUCCAACUGUUCGACGAAAUGCCAGACAAGAAUGUCGUGUCGUGGACCUCCCUCGUUACCGGCUUAGUCCUCCACGGCUGCCCUGGCGAUGCUCUCUCUCUGUUCCGCCACAUGUGCCGACACGGAACGAAGCCCAAUGAGUUUACCUUUGUGGGUGCCCUUCAGGCCUGCUCGUCGUCUCAAAUUUCAAAUCACGUUGCCCGCCAAAUUUACGCCUUGAUUGUCCGGUCUGGAUUUGAAUCCAAUGUUUUUCUGUUGAAUGCUUUUUUGACGGCUCUGAUACGGCAUAGUGAAUUGGGAGAGGCUUCGGAUGCUUUUGACAAGUGUUUGGAUAAGGAUAUUGUGUCUUGGAAUGCCAUGAUUGCCGGGUACUUGCAGUUUUCGAACUUGGAAAUACCGGGUUUUUGGCUUAGGAUGAAUUGCGAGGGAGUCAAGCCUGAUAACUUCACUUUUGCAAGUGUUCUCACUGGUUUGGCCGAUCUUUCUGAUCUUGAAUUGGGUCUGCAAGUCCACGCUCAGCUUGUCAAGUUCGGUCACGGGAGUGAGAUGUGUGUGGGGAAUUCUUUGGUAGAUAUGUACUUGAAAAAUCAAAACUUCGGUGCUGGUUUCAAAGCAUUUGAGGAAAUUCCUUCGAAAGAUGUCUGGUCGUGGACUCAGAUGGCUACCGGUUGUAUAAAUUGUGGGGAACCAAAGGAAGCGCUUGGAGUCAUUGGAGAAAUGAGGAGGAUCGGUGUGAAGCCAAACAAAUUCACUCUUGCCACCGCCCUUAAUGCCUGUGCGAAUUUAGCGUCUUUAGAGGAAGGGAAGAAAGUUCAUGGUUUGAGAAUUAAACUCAGUGAUGAUAUUGAUGUUUGUGUGGAUAAUGCUCUAAUUGAUAUGUACGUAAAAUGUGGAUGCAUGGAUAGUGCAUUGGGGGUUUUCCGAUCAUUGGAUGACCGAUCUGUUGUGUCAUGGACGACAAUGAUAAUGGGUUAUGCACAAAAUGGAUUUGCCAAGGAAGCUCUUGAGAUUUUUAGUGAGAUGAAGUUGGAGGGCGAGAAGCCUAAUUAUGUCACUUUCAUUUGUGUGCUUUAUGCGUGUAGCCAAGGAGGGUUCAUCAAUGAAGGGUGGAAGUAUUUCUCUUCCAUGACCCAAGACUAUGGAAUCUUACCCGGAGAAGAUCACUAUGCAUGUAUGGUAGACCUCAUGGGUCGUGCAGGGCAGAUCAAAGCAGCUGAGGAAUUGAUCCUAAGAAUGCCAUUUCAAGCAGGUAGGCUUGUCUGGAAGACGUUGCUUGGUGCUUGUAGGGUUCAUGGGGAUAUGGAAACUGCAAUGCGUGUAGCGGAGCAUGCAUUAGAUCUAGACAAAGAAGAUCCUCCGUCGUAUGUGUUGUUGUCUAACAUUCUUGCUGGUUCGAGCAAAUGGGAUGGCGUGGUUACAUUGAGAGAGAUAAUGGAAACUAGGGAUGUAAAAAAAAUGCCUGCAUCUAGUUGGAUUGAGAUAAACAGAGAUCUUUCGAGACCUAAUAGUUCUUACAAUCCCAUUAUGAUUCAUUAAAGAAUCUACAAACACUACUUCAGUCUAAUUCUGGGACUGUGUUUUGCUCUUUAUUUAUUGGUUAUUUAUUAUCUAUUUAAUAAUUUACAUUUUAUCAUUCA